UUGAUAGAAGAGAGCGCUUUCAUUGGUCCAAAUGCCCCCAAAACCUUCAAUAACAUCUCCACCACUCCAUAUGAAUGGGCAAUGAAAAACUUCUCCACAAAAUUCCAGCCGCGGGAUCGAGAAGAGAAAACGUCCCAAGAAAGAAAAUUAGGAGAAGAAAAAGAAAGCAUAAAGGACGAUAGAGAAGAAGAGGAGGAAGAAGAAGAAGAAGAAGAAGAUGAAGAAACAAGAGCUAUAUGUGAAUGGGAAUUCAAUCUCUCCACUACUGUCUCUUCUAGCACAGCCGGAGCCGUGUCGGACACUCUCGGAGUGAUCGAGUUUGACCCGUCUGAUAGCUUUGUAGCCACCGGUGGUAUCGCGAGAAAGAUCAGAAUUUACAGUUUACGGUCUUUGCUACCACAAGGUGAGCGUAGUAAUACCGCUUCCACUUUGUUAGACCAUGCCAGUGCAUGUGAGUUCUACAUCUGCACCCCAGCCAAGCUUAGCAGCAUGAGGUGGAAACCCGGUUCCGGCGGACGAGUUUUGGGGUCAGGAGACUAUGAUGGGGUGGUCAUGGAGUAUGACCUCGAGAGAAGAAUACCCAUUUUUGAGCGGGAUGAGCAUGGCGGCCGCCGAGUCUGGAGCGUGGACUAUUCGCAUUGUGAUCCUGUUCUAGGGGCAUCGGGGUCGGACGACGGAACCAUGCAGAUGUGGGAUCCACGAUGCGAAGGUGGGAAAUGCGUGGGUACGGUGCAGCCCAGCGUGGGGCGUAGUCCCGUCUGCUGUGUUGAAUUCAAUCCGGUUAUUGGGGCAUCAAUCGCCGUCGGAUGUGCGGACCGGAAGGCUUACGGGUACGACAUCCGAAGAAUGGUGGAUCCGGUUGUGGUGUUUGACGGGCACAGUAAAACCGUAACUUACGUUCGAUUUCUGGAUGCCCAAAUGAUCGUCUCAGCCGGGACGGAUGGGUGUUUGAAGCUGUGGAAUAUCAACGACCCCCGUGUGAUUCGCACGUACAAGGGACACGUGAACAACCGGAACUUUGUCGGGUUAUCAGUGUGGAGGAAUGGCGGGUUACUCGGUUGCGGAUCGGAGAACAACCAGGUUUUUGUGUACGAUUUGAGGUGGGGCGAGCCUAUAUGGGUGCAUGGGUUCGAGCCGGUAAGUAGAGCCGGGCGCGAGUAUGGAUUCGUUAGUAGCGUGUGUUGGAGGCAGGUUGGGGACGAAAGCUGCACACUCGUGGCAGGGGGAUCAGAUGGAGCUCUGCAGGUAUUUUGUGGGCAAAAGGAAGCCAGUUUUAAGUCUGUCCCAUAAAUGAUACAUACGCAUUCAUAUAUCUUUAUUAUAGUAGCAAGAGAAAAGAAAAAGAAAUACAGAAGCCAUGCACUUUGCCUAGCUAGCUGCUAUCUGAACUGCUAACAAAACCUGCAUGGUGCAUUUUCUUUAAGUCCCAUGUUUUAUAUUUUAGGAGAGAUUUGGUGAGUUUCAUUUGUUCUGACUCUCUUAACAUUUUUGCAAGGCAAUGAUCUUCUUCACAUUUGGUUGUACUGUGGCCUGCAGUAAGCUGAUCCUUUUUCCUUUUUUUUUUUUUUUCUGGGCAACCUGAUGUAGGCUAAUUGAAUGCCUUUAUUAUUUGCACACGUGGCCUUGUUUGUAUUUUGUUUUGCUAUUUGAGAUAAAUGUUCAUCGAUCAAAUGGACUUUA